AUGCUGAAGGAUAUUCACAGUCCAGGAUUGGCAGCCGAUCCGGAGGACGGCAGCAACGGAGCUUGUUGCGCCGGUUGCGGUAGAUCGAUAGACGACCGUUUCUACCUGUCCGCGGUGGACAUGUGUUGGCACAUUGGGUGUUUGCAAUGUGCCGAAUGUAAACUGCCACUGGACACAGAACUAACGUGUUAUUCGAGGCACGGCAACAUCUAUUGCAAACAAGACUAUUACAGGCUGUUCUCGAUAAAACGCUGCGCCCGGUGUCAGGGCGGUAUCGGCGCUUGCGACCUGGUGAUGAGGGCCAAGGACCUCGUGUACCACGUGGAGUGUUUCGCGUGUUACGCUUGCGGCGCGGUCCUGUGCAAAGGCGACUAUUACGGCGUGCGGGACGGCGCCGUUUUCUGCCGGCCGGACUACGAGCGGCUCAAGCACAGGGACAUGGCGUGCGAUCUGGAGCCGAUGUGCAGCCCUCCAAGGGCGGCCGGCCACCACUGGCCGUCGGCGCACAAGGGCCGGCCGCGGAAGAAGAGGAACGUCCAGCUGCUGUCGUCGCCCAUGACGACGGCCGAUUGCAACGGGCUCACCGAGCUCAACGUGCUCAGGAUACCGCAGUCGACAUUGGAAGUCAUGCAGGCCACAGACUUAUCUUCUUCGAUGGAAUCGCUGACUUACGAAACGUCCAGCUUGUCCUCGCCCACAAAUUCUUCGACGAUGGGCACGACCGGUGGCAUGUCGCAGCAGCAACAUCAGCAAACGCGGACGAAGCGCAUGCGAACGUCGUUCAAACACCACCAGCUGCGUACAAUGAAGUCGUACUUCAACAUCAACCAAAACCCAGACGCCAAGGACUUGAAACAGCUGGCUCAAAAGACUGGACUGUCCAAACGAGUGUUACAGGUUUGGUUUCAAAACGCUCGAGCAAAGUGGAGAAGAAACAUCAUGAGGCAAGAGAACAACCAAAUGGUUACCAGUUCCAUGUCGAACCAGAACCAGACUACGCCGUCCGACCCCGAUCUGAUCAGGGGACACACCCAGACCUCGCAGGGUUUAAACUUUGUCGAUCUCUUUUGA